GGGCAGUUGAGCCAAAAAAAAAAAAAAAAAUUCAUACAAACAUAAAACUAGAAAAAAAGAAAAGAAAAACCAAUAAUCCCAACUCUUGGGGAAAGUCAUAAAAACUCGUAUUCUUGUGGCGUAGGUGUGACGCCAUGUUGUGAAAAGUGUCUGCCAUUUUUAUUUGCCCAAAAAUAAUAAACGUAAAGCAAAAAGGAAAAACUUCAAACAAGAAACUUUCUUCCAACAAAUUAUAUACAAACAUCAAUCACCAUUCGACCUUGAAUUGAGCUUAUAAAAAUGUUAAGCCAUUUUGUGGUUGCCUUUGCGGCUUUACACUGCAUUGUGGCCACAUCACAUCGUCCGGCAUAUUCUUUGCAGGCAGCUGUCGAUGAGUUGCAUCGUCGUGAGGCAGCAAAAUAUCCCUUAAACUCACCGCCCACACAUUUUGCCGGCGAACCAUUGGAUGACUGGAAUGAAGAUGGCGAUUUAUUUGGCACUAAGAUUAAGAAUCGGAAUCGCCAUCGAGUUAAUAAAGCACUGGCCAAGUACUUAGAACAAGAAAGCGACAAUGAGAACGGUCACUUUGAGCCAGAUCAUGGUCUUAAUCUGGAUGGCUAUGAGUUUCCUGGUGACUAUGACAAUGGCCCGCAUAAUCUAUUUGCCGAUGAGAAGAGGAAACGUUACUCAUCCUCAUCACUCUUUAGGGAACGUGACGAGGCGAAUGACAUUCCAUCAUCAGUUUUCCGCGAACGUGAGCAUCAGGCGCCAAGUUUCUCGCACAGCGAUCUAACCGAUCAAUUUUUGCGUGAAAUCGAAGAGGCUAGGGAGGAUCAGCCACAGGAGCAGGAUCAGGAUCAUAAGCAUCACUAUGGCAAUGCUAUUCGAGAAUGGUGGCAUCGUUUCAAGCAACACCAGCAGCAGCAGCAGCAACAACAGACAGCAGCUGCUGAUCAGGAUGAUGAUGCUGACGAUGAUGAUGAUGCCUUGGAGGCUGCCUCCAAUGCUGAUCUUUUCGAGCAAAAGAAACGGAUGCGUAUGCCUCCUUAUUAUCUCUUGAUGCAAAAGAAACGUUCAUAUCCCGUGCUACCCUGGUUGCCCUACAAUGCCGACAAAAAGAAACGUUUCCCAGUGGCCAAGCGUGCCAUUAGCAAGGAUCAGGAUAUUGUGCCUGCAAAAACCGAUGAGCGUGUGGUUGAGGAGUUAAGCGAACUCUUUGGCAAGCCUGCAGAAGCCGAAAUUCCAGCCUCGGCUGAGAAGAAGAAACGUUCGGCUGAGGAGUCGGGAAAGAGUUCUGGCACCACUAGCACCACCACAACCACCACCACUAAACCAGCUGACUCUGCUACAACCACUGCUUUGGGUGAUAUGCGUCUGGAGAUUAACUUUCAGCGAGUGAAUGUCACCUCAUCAUCGUCUCCACCCACCGGAGAACUCGUACAACAUGGCGGACAUGCUGGCCAUCAUGGUCAUGCGCCUGGAAUGGCUCAAACGGAAAAUCAUCAUCGUAAGCGUAGCGAACAUGUUCAUCAUUCCAAUGAAGAUUCCUCCGAACACGAUGCCGAUGAGCAUGAUGAAGAGGGUGAGGAAAGCUCCGAUGAGGGUGAUCACGAUGAAUUCGAUGACGAAGAGGGCGAAGGUGAUGCCAACGAUGAAGAUGAGCGACGCAAAAAGAAGAAACGCUCCACCAAACGUUCGCCCAGUGUGGGACAUCUAAUGCUCAGGGCCAAGAAGUCCAUCGAUUGGUCACAAUAUUUUGGUCUUGAUCGCAAAAAGAAGUCCUUGACUGAGGCUCAAGAAAAAAAACGUAGCGAAUCGGACAACGACAAUGAUUCCAAUUUGGAGAAACGUAAACGUGAUCUAGAUCCCGAGAAGUUGGAAAAUUUAGACAAAAAAUUGCAAUCCAUUGAGGAUUUCAUUAUCGAUGAGACCAUCAAGUACACUGGAGCCCAUGAGGGUGCCAUCAAUAGCAAAGAGGAAAUACGUAAGAUCAAGGAUCAUGUUCUUUCCCGCCUGGCCACAGCUUACAGUCUGGAGAAGAUGCGACGUGCCUUGGACAAACUGCGUCAAUCUGUAGAGGCCGAGAAUCAUUUGCAGCGUAACAUCAUUGACACUACAUCAUCGGAGGAAGAGAAUAAUGGCCUAGAGGAUCAUGGCAAACUAAAUUUGGCCUAUAUCAAACAUAAAGCCGAUGAAUUUGCCGAAUCCGAACAACCUAGAAUUGUGGAAUCAAAGAAGAAGCGUAGUGGCUAUUUACGUUAUCCAGAACAACCCAAUAAUAUGGAAGACGCCCUGGCUUUGGCUAGCAAUCCCUAUGAACCACUAAAUGAUGCCUAUUUGGGCAAUAAGAACUACAUAAUUGGCUCGAAUCAGUGUCCCAUAAUUGAGUCCAUGGCUGAACGUUGCCGCGGUGUAGAUCUAAUCUCCGGUGAUCUUAAUCAAGAGCUUUUGCCACUCUGUGGUGUCCAUCAGAUAUGCUAUCUAUGCGGUGCCUCGCAAGUGGCCUGCGAUUAUCAGUAUUUGGCCGAGGCUGACAGCCUGUGCGGCAAUAGCAAUGAUUGCCAAUCGGCAGCUCGUUCUGUGCUCAUGAUUUUGCGCAGUACUCCGGGUCCACAGAUCGGACCACGUGAGUGCCUGAAGAAUCCUUGUCUAUAUAGGGCCAUGCGUGAAAUUGGUCUCUAAAUCAAAAAAAGGAAAACCAUGCUGAAGAUUUUUUGAAGCUGAAGCAAAUCAAAAAAAAAAAAAACAUUUUAUUCAAAAUAAAAUAGAAAAUUUGGAAGCAUUUUCCCCCCAUCCCCAACCCCCCAAAAUGAAAACUUGCAACAUUUUUGGUUAAAUAUUGUUUUU